GGCAGUAUAUCAGUCGUCGUUUGAGAUACGGAGAGGUAAUUGUUGCUGGCUUUGCACUUUGGACGCUGGGAGCGGGUCUGGCUUUAAUCUUUAAUCGACAUACCAGCCCGGCUGUCAUCGCCGUGAUUCUAGCCAUCGUUGGAACAGGAGUGGGCUCUGUCUUCCAACCAACCCUCAUCGCCCUCCAAGCCCACUCACCCAAGAGUCGUCGGGCUGUCAUCAUCUCGAAUCGAAACUUCUAUCGGUGUAUGGGCGGCGCUUGUGGCCUUGCUAUCUCGGCUGCGGUCCUCCAAGCCCAGUUAAGCGCGACCUUGCCUGCUAACCGCAAAGAUCUCGCGAGCUCAACAUAUGUCUUGCCAGAAGGAAUGCGUAAGGAGGCUGGUGUUCUCGACGCGUACAUGGCAGCUAGCCAUAGUGUGUUUAUACUACAAGUCCCUCUGAUUGGAGCAUGCUUGUUUGGUACAAUCUUUAUUCGAGACCGUGGGUUGGAUCCCGUUAAAGAGACUUAG